UCGAGGAGAUUACAGCUCACUCACUCUUCGUAGAUUGAUGACAGCGUUUUGUCCUCUUUUGUGCUUGCUCUCUUGGGAAUGAUUCACCAACAAAUAGUCUUUUUUUUUUUAGAGUGAUAAAAAGUCCAACAUCCACAGAAAAGAAAAUCUUGUGACGUCAUUUGGACUCCGGAGGUAUGAUGCACUUUUUGUAUUCUUCAGCUGCUCAGGGUCAAAGGUUGAGGCUCUAGUGACCAUGAGGCAGGCGGUGGAGGCUCAGGUAUUAAGCUCCCACUGUGAACUGGGAGAACAAGGACUUCGGCAGAUCCUGACAGAUGUAGUAGAGGAAGUGAGGCGGACGGUGAAUCAGGACAUCGAUGGAGCAGAGAUUCUCCAAAGUCUACUCAACGCCUCCUGGUUGCAGUCGCUGCUCAAGGUGUACGAGUGUCUUCAAAGAUACGUGCGAGACUCCCCGGCGCCAGUUCUGGACGAUGCUUGUGGGCUCUCAUUUCAGUUGCUGAUUGACAUCAAGGCGUUGCCGGGCUGCUCCGAGGAAGCUAAAGAGCUUGACCGACUCCUACGGCAGCCUCACCUGCAGGCUCUACUUUCUGCGCACGACACGGUGGCCCAAAAGAACUACGAGCCCGUGUUGCCGCCGAUGUCUGCUGAUGUUCCAGAGGAAGAGGAGGCCACCAGGAUCGUGUGCCUGGUCAAGAACAAGCAGUCGCUGGGAGCAACGAUAAAAAGAAACGAAAUCACGGGGGAGAUUUUUGUGGCUCGGGUGAUUUACGGAGGCCUGGCUGAUCGCAGUGGUCUGCUCCACGCGGGGGACCGCAUCGUGGAGGUGAAUGGAUUCCCGGUGGACGGCUUGGAGCCAGAACAAGUCAUUCAAGUUGUGCAGGCUAGAGCACAGGGAACCAUCAUGUUCAAAGUGGUCCCCAUCACUGACAGGCCAAUUCACAACCACACCAUGCUUUACGUGCGCGCCAUGGCGGACUACAACCCACAACAAGAUCCCAGCAUCCCCUGCACGGAUGCCGGCGUGACCUUCAGGAAAGGAGAUGUUCUGGAGAUUGUAGACCAGACGGACGCUCUGUGGUGGCAGGCCAAGAAACUGCCCAGCAACGAGACUUGCGCGGGCCUCAUCCCCUCCAGCGAGCUCCUCAAACGGAAGCAGAGGGACUUGCAGCCUUAUCAGCCGCACACCUGUAUACACAUACAGGAGGACCUCAUGGCCAUCGAUGAGAAAUGCGUCGAAGCAGAUGAGGAGGCUUUUGAAUCUGACGAGUUACGAGUCGAGCGGGAUGAUUUCAGCAGCGGCGUCGCCGGAGUAUACCUCGCUGGUUUCAGGCAGAGCUUGCGUCGAUGCCGCAGACGCUUUCACAGCAGCGCCCAAAUGUUCUGCCCCAACAAGUGUUGCUAUAACUGCAGCGGUGCCCUCAACUGUGCCUACGAGGAGGUCGUGCGCUACCAACGCGACUCCACUGAUGUACAUCGCCUCGUUGCCCUGUUAGGCCCAUCCGGCGUGGGCGUGAAUGAACUUCGCAGACGCUUGAUUGAAAUGAAUCCUCACACGUUCCAAGGAGCGGUACCUCACACCACAAGAGCACCCAAAGGUUACGAGGAGUCUGGCAGAGAAUAUCACUUCACCAGUCGAGAGGUCUUCGACAAGAUGGUGCACAAAAGCAGGUUCUUGGAGUACGGUGAGUACAAAGGACAUCUGUACGGCACCAGCAGAGAAGCUGUGAGGGAUGUUUUAAACAACGGCAAGAUUUGCGUCAUUGAUAUCGAAGCAAACGCCAUUCAAGCUGUUAGAACACAUGACCUGCGGGCUUACAUCAUCUACGUGAAGCCGCCACCGCUGGAGCAACUCAGAGAAACGAGGAAGGACUCGUACAUAACCACAGACUACUACGUCAACCGGUCCUUCAAAGAUGAAGACUUCCAGGAGAUGGAGGAGGCUGCCCGCAAGCUCGAGACCCACUACUCGCAGUUUUUUGAUUGUGUGAUCGUCAACAACGACUUGCAGGAGUCCUGCGUCCAAUUGCUGGCCGCCGUGAGGAAAGCGCAGGAUGAGCCGCAAUGGGUCCCCACCGACUGGAUACGACCCACCGCAGACUCGUAGACAAAAUUGCAUGCAUAAUAAUGUCUUAGUCCAAUUAGAUAUGUCCUUGACUUGUCUCAACAACAAAAAUCAUGGCUUAUUUUGUUCAACGUUUACAAUUUAGACUGUGAGGUCAUUUGUUAUUCACUGCUUUUGUUUUUAUUGUUCAUGUCGUAUUUUAAAAGGGAUCACUGCGUGCAAUGCAUGCCAAAACACGUUAAAAUUGUUGCUAAAAAAUUGUUUACAUUGUUGUGAAGCUUAAAUUAUGACCGAUUUGGUACUUUGAAAGAAUGAACUCUUUAAAACACUAAUAAAACUUGUCAAGUCUGA